AGAUCAGUUGGGUCUAAAUUCGGGCCGAGAUCGAAAGUCCAACAUGCAGUCCAUUCUACCCGUUAUCCUUUGCCUUUGGGCCCUUAGUCCCGUCCAGAUCGAAGCGCGUCAGGUCAGGAUCAACCGGUAUGCGGUCACUGUGCAGGAGGAUCAGCCGGCCGAGGAUGCUCCCUAUCCGGCGGCGGGCUAUAGACCACAAGGUCGCUCCUUCUGGCUGCCAAGCGAAGUGGAAGUAGAGGUCAUUGAAGGGCCUGGUGCUGUUGAAGCUGAGGUUCAGGAAGGCUCAGGUUUGGGAACGAAUCAGCUGACCACCACAACCGAGCUGCCUCUGGAGGAUUUGUCGACCAGCACUACAGAUCCAACCGACGACUGGAGCACGACCACCAACUGGGGCUCCGUGGACACGUCCACAGCUCUCCCAGCUACCCUCGCUGUGGAAUCCCGUACGGGUCGGGCUUUUGUAAAAGCUCCUUAUCCACCAGCCGGCUACAGACCAAGUCGCGCCUUCCGCCUGCCCACCGAGCAGAGCAGGGAGGAGGAGCAGAAAACCUCCUCCAGCAACUCCACCGACAGCAAUGCCGAUCACCCGGUCUGCGGGGUCAGCACUGACCCCCUGAAACCCACUCCGGAACCUGGAUCCAAGGAUGAGCCGGAUUCGGAGAGUGUGGUCUUUACUGCAAAUGUGGGACCUGCUGUAGUGGUGGCUAGAGUUCCCUCCUCCAUUCCGGUGGCUAUUCCCCUGCGAUCGCAGCCUCUGAUCCAGGCUCCCAGGUCCCGGGGAUUUGUCUACACCACGCAUGUGGAGCAGCGGUGGUGAUGGGACGGAAGGUACUCAUUAUCAUUGUUAACAGUUCAGUAUUUAAAGUUACUUUUGUUUAUGAAGAAAUAAAUGCUUUCUUUUGUUAUUU